AUGGCCUCUGACUCUGUUCCCACGGAGCCAUUGCCGAAGUGCUUCUGCUUCAGAGGCUGUCAUCCAGCAGACUGCGUCCUUUGCGUCUGCCCCUUCCACUGGAGCCAGAACUGCCCCAAGAGCCUCACGACAUCCAUGUUCUGCGCCGACCACGAGGACGAAUUCUCUGUACUACUCUCCCCCUCUACAUCAUGCUCGGUGGAGUCGUUUCAUCUUGAUGAUUUUGAUGAAACGUCUCAAGGGCAGACCUCACCCUCGCCCGAUAAAAUCGUCGGCAUCGUCCCCUCGUGGCUGCGCAACGACGUGACCACCAUGGCCACACCAAUAACGCCGCCUCUUGCCGUUCUCGACCCUUCCAUUGUCCUCACGGUCGAAAAGUGCCUGGGUGGCCACAUAUACCAGAGCGCCACUAGCAUGUACUUUGUCGGCGAGAGCGACAAAGACGACGACGAGGAGGAAGGGGAUGCUAUCGAUGACGACUCGUCGUCGUCGUCGUGGCUUGACGGUGAUGUCGACGACGAUAACACGGAUAAAUCAUCCAUGGUGACAGAUCUGUCAGAUUACGCGUCUGGCGAGUCUGAUCAAGAAGACUUCGCCAAUCACAGCCUGCUCAGCAUCCGUACCUUGCUCGCCCGCGAGCGCGCUCAUCUUCUCGAGCUGGGCUACUGCAGCGAGUGGCUUCAGGAACUGUACUAUGCGGCCGAGUUCAUCCUGCUGCGGCUGUAUGGCCGGUGGGACGAAGAUCUCUGCCGGGGAUUCUAUCUGCUCAAUGAGGAGAUAGACGCUGAGAUUGGGCGACUCCAGAAGCCGACCGUUCACAAGGCUUUGCCGCAUUGA